GGUCAACCCUCCCCUAUAAAUGGAUCUCUAGUUCUCCACACGACGCCUCCCCAAGGCCCAAGCUACCAUUCAACACCAAUUCAAAACCUUCACCGUCGCAACUUCUAGAAGUUUCUGACUGUCUAGGCUCCCUCCCUCGCCAUGGGCAACGGCCUCUCCCCUUGUCUGUGCCCCGGGUACGCGCGCGGCGCUGCGGCGCGGCUGGUGUUCUGGGGCGGGUCAUCGAGGAUGGCCGACGAGCGGCCGUCCAUCACCGCCGGGGACGUCAUGGCGGAGCUCCCUGACCAGCACCUCGUCUGCGCCGCGGACUCCUUCUUUAUCGGCCUGCCAGUCCCGGCCCUCUCUCCGUGCGAGCGGCUCGUGGCCGGGCGCACCUACUUCGUGCUCCCCGCGGCACGCUUCUCCUGCAGCCAGGCGCUCACCGCCGCGACGCUCUCCAAGCUCUCGCCGUCCUCCGCCGCGAACGUGCCCCUCGCCGGCGCAGCAGCGUCCCCGUUCGAGUACGUCACGGGCUCUGACGGUGCGCCGCUCAUCAGGAUCUUGCCCGAGUUCAUCGAGAAGGUGAUCACGUCGUGCGGCGGCGGCAAGUGCGGCGCCGUGGCGGCGGAGCAGCUGUGCAGCACGCCGGAGCUGAGGAAGCACUACAUGCAGCUCGUGCGUGCGCGGGCGGAGAGGCCGUGGUCGCCGGGGCUCGAGACGAUAUCCGAGGCCGACAAGAGGAGGAGGAUGCCGUCGCCGGUGAGGCUGGUCGGGCUGGCAAAGGCUUCUUCUAGAUAGCCGUGCAUAUGCAUCGAUAUAUUGACACAAGGAAGGGGAGAAUUCAGCCUAAUUUUCGCUUUCUUGAGAUGCAAGGGGAGGAAGAAGCAGUGUAGAUAGAUACAAUAGAUUUAGUAGUUCAUUUUUUUCUCUCUCCAUUAAACAAAGGAUACCCCAAGUGGAUUGAAUCAUGGAAAUUGUCGAAUAAAAUCUUUGAAAGUGCA